AUGUGUGGAAUUUUUGGGUACUGCAACUAUUUGGUGGAGAAAUCCAGAGGAGACGUGAUUGACACGCUUGUGGACGGUCUUCAGAGACUAGAAUAUAGAGGCUACGACUCGACUGGUAUUGCCAUCGAUGGUGACGAGCCAGACUCCACACUGAUCUUCAAGCAAAUCGGAAAGGUGGCCGCCCUGGAAAAGGAAAUCCAGGCUCAAAAUCCUGAGAGAGAUGUGACGUUCGUGUCACACUGCGGUAUCGCACACACGCGUUGGGCGACGCACGGUGAACCCAAGACCUCCAACUGCCAUCCACAGCGGUCGGACGCUGCCAACGACUUUGUCAUUGUACACAACGGUAUCAUCACGAAUUUCCGGGAGCUGAAACAGUUGCUGAGCAACAAAGGGUACAAGUUUGAAUCAGACACCGAUACCGAAUGUAUCGCAAAGCUCUUCAAGCACCUGUACGACACCAACCUACAGAAUGGCACCGAGUUGGAUUUCCACGAGCUGACCAUGCAAGUGCUUCUGGAGUUGGAUGGUUCUUACGGGCUGCUGUGUCGGUCCAAACACUAUCCUAACGAGGUUAUCGCCACCAGAAAGGGGUCUCCCUUGUUGAUAGGUGUCAAAUCCGACCGCAAGCUCAAAGUUGACUUCGUCGACGUGGAGUUCCCCGAUUCCGAUGACACGCUACCAGACGUUCCUUUGAACACCGUUCGCGGUGAACAAAGAAACUUUUUGCCCAUUGCCUCCAAUGAAUCCGCUUUGAGACGCUCGCAAUCCAGAGCGUUCUUGUCCGAAGAUGGUGCUCCUAACCCAGUCGAGUUUUUCGUGUCUUCUGAUGCUGCUUCGGUGGUUAAACACACCAAGAAGGUGUUGUUCUUAGAGGACGACGACAUUGCCCAUAUCUACGACGGCGAACUACAUAUCCACAGAUCCAGGCGCAAAAUGGGGGAUUCCGCCAUCAGAUCCAUUCAAACUUUGGAAAUGGAAUUAGCACAGAUUAUGAGGGGGGAAUACAAACACUUUAUGCAAAAGGAGAUUUUCGAACAGCCGGACUCGACAUUCAACACCAUGAGAGGAAGAAUCGACUUCGAGAGCAACAGUGUGAUGCUCGGUGGGUUGAGCUCGUGGCUGCCGGUCGUUAGAAGAGCUCGGAGGCUGAUCAUGAUUGCUUGUGGAACAUCCUACCACUCAUGUUUGGCUACGAGGGCCAUUUUUGAGGAACUGUCGGAAAUUCCUGUAAGUGUCGAACUGGCUUCUGAUUUCUUAGACAGAAAAACUCCCGUUUUCAGGGACGACGUAUGUGUCUUCGUGUCACAAAGUGGUGAAACUGCGGACACCAUGCUGGCUCUCAAAUACUGUUUGGAGAGAGGUGCCUUGACCGUGGGUAUUGUUAACAACGUUGGAUCUUCGAUUUCAAGAGUAACACACUGUGGAGUUCAUAUUAACGCGGGCCCUGAGAUUGGUGUAGCAUCUACUAAGGCUUACACGUCCCAAUACAUCGCCCUGGUCAUGUUUGCCCUGUCGCUGUCUGACGACCGGGUGUCAAAGAUCGAGAGAAGAAAGGAAAUCAUUCAAGGUUUGAAAAAGAUCCCCGAACAAAUCAAGACCGUGCUACAAAUGGAACCUUUGAUUCGUCAAUUGUGUGAAACAGAACUGAAGGAUCAAAAAUCUUUGCUACUUUUGGGUAGGGGAUAUCAAUUUGCAUCUGCUUUGGAAGGUGCUUUGAAAAUCAAAGAAAUUUCAUACAUGCACUCCGAAGGUGUUCUCGCUGGUGAACUGAAACACGGUGUGCUUGCUCUAGUCGACGAGGAAUUGCCUAUCAUAGCCUUUGGUACCAGAGACUCUCUUUUCCCUAAAGUUGUGUCCUCCAUCGAACAAGUUGUCGCACGGAAAGGUCGCCCCAUUAUUAUCUGUAACGAAAACGAUGAAGUCUGGACCGCUAAGGCAAAUAAUGGUAAGCUGCUCACUUUGGAAGUUCCUUUGACCGUCGACUGUUUGCAGGGUCUACUAAAUAUCAUUCCUCUGCAAUUGACAUCUUACUGGCUAGCAGUUAACAAAAACAUCGAUGUGGAUUUCCCCAGAAAUUUGGCAAAGUCUGUCACGGUAGAGUAG